UUGGCCAGAAAACAACACUAUGAAGAUGCGAUGUCCCGUAGCUAUCGAGACGGUUUGGCAUAAUACACCAAUGCCCGUUAUGGGAAGGUGUUAUAUUUGCAAAUUUCAAAAUUGGCUAACGUUACAGCACUAGCAAUAGUUAUAACAAGUUUGCUACAUGAUGUCUUUGUUGUAGUUUUUUUCUCAUUAGUAGCAUGUUAGUGAAUGGAAAUUAGUUUAACUCAGUUGUUGCUCGCUAAACACAAGAAGCUAAAAACUAAUUCACGUUUCAGUGUAAAUUAUCAUAAUGUAUCAUGCAUUAAUUUGAUCAAAGCAACCUUAAAGCCAAUGACGCCUUCAACGAACUGGGCUGCACUGCAUAAGGCGGACCAUCAAAUGCGAAAGACAUGGAUCAUUAUGUUCAAACAGGACUAACUUCACAUAACUUUACACACUGAUGCAAAUGUAACCGUGUUGACUGACAGUCUGUUUCCGCUCGAGGCUGAUGUUCAGAUCGGGGACAGCCUCGACUUCCUGUGUGAAUAUAUCCCUCCUACAUGCUCCGCAACUCGGUUUGGACACGUAGGUGUAAGGACUGCCCGCUCGACGCCGUGUCUCCCAGUCAUGUCCAGGUCCAGUCGGCGGUACAAGUCUCUGCAGCAGAACAACGGCUCUGUCCCCGCCUGUGACCGGGUGCGGAUGCCCCGGCCCCGGGUACUGCUGCUCUGCCUCUUUGGGGUGCUGGUGCUGGCGGUGGUGCUGGGAGUCUACCUGUCAAACGACACCACCGAUGGACACGUGAACCGCAUGCCAACCGCAGAUCUGACCAAAGACAGGUUGUCUCACAAACCCAGUAAGUGCUCUCCGGCUCAGAUCCGCCGUCUGGCCUCUCAGGUGGAUGGUACCCGCCUGUGGGAGACCCACCUGAGGCCCAUCCUAAUAGAGAGGCUCCCAGGGUCCCAUGGCAGCCUGGCUGUACAGCAGCACAUCACCUCCACUCUGUCCUCGCUGUCCGCUGGCUGGGCCGUAGACUUGGACUCAUUCCAGUCUUCGACCCCUCGUGGCCAGAUCACGUUCACCAACAUCGUUGCCACUUUGGAUCCUUCAGCCCCUCGCAGGCUGCUCCUGGCCUGCCACUACGACUCCAAGGCUCUGCCUCCAGACCCCCGGUCCCCAGAGAAGGUGUUUCUGGGGGCCAGUGACUCAGCAGUGCCCUGUGCUAUGAUCCUGGAGCUUGUCACCUCUCUGGAUGCCCAGCUUUUAGCAUUCAAACAGCAGAAACUUCCAGUGUCUCUCCAGCUGGCGUUUUUUGAUGGGGAGGAGUCAUUUGAAGAGUGGACCGCCACAGACUCACUGUACGGCUCCCGUCACAUGGCUGAACGCAUGGCCAACACGCCUCACCCUGCAGGCUCCACACACACCACCGUGCUUCAGGCUGUGGACCUCUUUGUGCUGCUAGACCUGCUCGGUGGUCCUGAUCCACUAAUUGCAAAUCACUUUGAUAACACGGCACGGUGGUUUGACCGUCUGAUCGCUGCAGAGAAGAGACUCCAUCGGCAGGGUCUUUUGACGUCUCACCCCUCAGAGCAGACGUAUUUUAGGAAGGAUGUGUACCUCGGACCUGUGCAGGAUGAUCACAUCCCCUUUCUUCACAGAGGUGUCCCCGUGCUCCACGUCAUCGCCACUCCCUUCCCACAGUUCUGGCACACACUGGACGACACAGAGGAGAACUUGCACCGCCCCACUGUGGUGAACCUGACCAAGAUCAUGGCUGUGUUUCUGGCAGAAUAUCUGGGCUUCUGACCACAAACAUUGACAAGUAUUUAUGGCGAAGGUGCUUACUAUUUACCUCGUACUGGAGUACUAGUGCGGUUUGUGUUUGUCACACUGGUGACAAAUAAUUGCAAAAUGACCAGCAUUAAUUGGACGCAAAUGCACAAGAAGAAUCUGAAAUGAACUAAACUGUUCUGCUAUCAGAGUACUGGAAUACCAGCUACAUUUUUACCAGACUAGACUUGGCCCUGCUGGACUGACCAGACUACUUGGUUUCAUGCAAGGGAUCAGCUGACACCUGUCCUGACGUGUGGGCAUGGGAUGUGGCUACAAAGAGUCUUUGAGUCUUACUGAAAAUGUUAAUAGUUCUUGGAUCAUGGUACUAGAGGAACGGUUGGAAAGGUUUAUGAAUCUAAAGGCACUCUAAAUUAUUCUUCAUUCCUGUGAAAAAAAAAACCAUAGCCGUAACAUUUAUUUCCCCCCUUAAUACGAUGCACUAAUGUCUUCUUAAAGAUAGACUUUGUAAUGAGUUGAGAUCUCUGAUCUUCCGUGAACACUGGGUCCUAUCUGUGAAUAAUUAUUUACCUUUACUUGAUUAAGGAUUCUCUUGGCCCUACAACCUGUAUGACCAGUAUGGCCAUAUUGCACAUUUUGUGUCGAUUUAGUGAUGUUAUUAGAGUGAAAAUCCAACAAAUGCCAUCUUACAUCCUGUGAAAGGUGUAGUGAAAGUCAGCAAUAAAGUAACAAUGGUUUUAUUCCAUU